CUGCGGUCACGCUUAAACCAGGCGUCUAUAAAAAAGUAAAGUGCAACCCUAUCUAUGUGGAAACAGUGUGUUGGAAUUACGGAAAGUUAUAAAGUUUAGCAAAUGAACAAUAAACAUACAUAGUUUAAUAACCAAUAUUGUGAAAAAUGUCGGACUCCGAAGUCAGCAAUAUGUCGGACAGUGGCUCCGAGGAUGGAUCGAUAUCUAACAAGUCGCAGCAAAGUGUUCGAUCCAAAUCUGGCUUUCGAUCAAGGUCGCGAUCCGUGUCCAGAUCCAGGUCUAGAUCAUCACGGUCACGGUCGCAUUCGGCUCACUCUGGCUCUGGGUCAGAUUCCCCUCAACCACAGGGAGGACGUGCAAAUCGACGCAAGAGCGAGGACUCUGAGGACGAUCAGGGUGAAGAUAUAGACUCGGAGGAAUACGACGAAGAGGAAAACGAUGACCAUCCAAGAAAGAAGAAGAAGAAGGAGCGCUUUGGAGGUUUCAUCAUUGACGAAGCUGAAGUGGAUGACGAGGUGGACGAGGAUGAUGAGUGGGAGGAAGGCGCCAACGAGAUUGGCAUUGUUGGCAACGAAAUUGACGAGCUCGGUCCAACCGCUAGAGAUAUUGAAAUUCGACGACGCGGCACCAAUUUGUGGGACACUCAAAAAGAGGAUGAGAUCGAGGAGUAUCUGCGAAAGAAAUAUGCUGACGAAUCAGUAGCGAAGCGACAUUUUGGUGAUGGUGGCGAAGAAAUGUCCGAUGAAAUCACUCAGCAAACUCUGUUGCCCGGCAUCAAGGAUCCAAAUUUAUGGAUGGUCAAGUGCCGCAUUGGUGAAGAGAAGGCGACGGCAUUGCUCUUGAUGCGAAAGUUCUUAACCUACUUGAACACCGAUGAUCCUUUGCAAAUUAAAUCGAUUAUCGCACCAGAAGGUGUGAAGGGAUACAUCUAUCUGGAGGCAUACAAGCAAACACACGUCAAAACCGCCAUCGAUAAUGUGGGAAAUUUGCGUGUAGGCAAAUGGAAGCAGGAAAUGGUGCCGAUUAAAGAAAUGACAGAUGUUCUCAAAGUCGUCAAAGAGCAGGUUGGCCUUAAGGUCAAGCAAUGGGUGCGAUUAAAGCGCGGUCUUUACAAGGAUGAUAUUGCGCAAGUGGACUAUGUGGACUUGGCACAAAAUCAAGUGCAUCUCAAACUUUUGCCACGCAUCGAUUACACCCGCAUGCGAGGUGCAUUAAGAACCACAGCGACGGAGAAUGACGAUAGCAAGCGUAAGAAGAAACGUCGACCAACAGCAAAGCCAUUUGAUCCUGAGGCUGUUAGGGCUAUAGGAGGCGAAGUUCAUUCGGAUGGUGACUUUUUGCUCUUUGAAGGAAAUCGCUACUCGCGCAAAGGGUUUUUGUACAAAAACUUCACCAUGUCCGCAAUUCUUUCGGAGGGUGUUAAGCCAACACUGGCUGAACUGGAGCGUUUUGAAGAAACACCAGAGGAGGUGAAUAUGGAAAUUAUGGCCAAUGCGAAGGAUGAUCCUACGGCCGCUCAUUCCUUCUCCAUGGGUGAUAAUGUUGAAGUCUGCGUGGGAGAUUUGGAAAAUUUACAAGCUAAGAUUGUUGCUAUUGAUGGCACCAUGAUCACAGUGAUGCCCAAGCAUCAGGACUUAAAGGAUCCACUUAUCUUCAAAGCAAGCGAGUUGCGUAAAUACUUCAAAACUGGCGAUCACGCCCGAGUUUUGGCUGGACGUUAUGAAGGCGAAACCGGUCUAAUUAUUCGUGUGGAACCAGCGCGUGUUGUGCUUGUCUCUGAUUUAACUAAUCAUGAGCUUGAGGUGUUGCCACGAGACUUGCAGCUCUGCUCUGAUGUCGCAACUGGUGUCGAUUGUCUUGGCCAAUUUCAAUGGGGAGAUCUUGUGCAACUCGACUCUCAAAAUGUCGGUGUUAUUGUGCGCUUGGAACGAGAGAACUUUCAUGUGUUGGGCAUGAAUGGAAAAUGCAUUGAGUGCAAGCCAACUGCUCUGCAUAAACGUCGGGAAAAUCAGAAUACUGUUGCUCUUGAUGCUGAUCAAAAUCAAAUUCGUCGUCGCGAUAUUGUCAAAGUAAUGGAGGGACCCCAUGCCGGACGCUCUGGCGAGAUCAAGCACUUGUACCGCAGCUUGGCAUUCCUGCAUUGCCGCAUGUACACAGAGAAUGGCGGAAUAUUUGUGUGCAAGACACGUCAUUUGCAAUUGGCCGGUGGCAGCAAGACUAACGUCAGCAAUCCCAACACAAUGGGUGGCUUAGGAUUCAUGUCGCCGCGCAUACAAUCGCCAAUGCAUCCAUCUGGUGGUCGUGGUGCUCGUGGUGGAUCACGGGGCGGACGCGGCGGAUUCCGUGUGACUCGCGACCGAGAACUUUUGGGCAAAACCAUCAAGAUUUGUGGCGGACCUUACAAAGGUGCUGUGGGAAUUGUUAAAGAUGCUACUGAGAGCACAGCCCGUGUGGAGCUCCAUACAUCGUGUCAAACCAUUUCAGUGGAUCGUAAUCACAUUGUAAUUGUCGGAGAACCCGGCAAGGAGGGCAGCGUAUCUACCUAUGGUCGCACUCCGGCACGCACACCUGGCUAUGGAGCUCAAACACCCAGCUACACUGCUGCUGGCUCCAAGACGCCUCUGGUUGGCAGUCAAACACCCAACUGGGAUACUGAUACGCGCACUCCUUAUGGCACAAUGACGCCAUCACAUGAUGGCAGCAUGACGCCGCGCCAUGGUGCUUGGGAUCCCACUGCCAAUACAACUCCGGCUCGCAAUACUGACUUUGAUUAUUCGUUGGAGGAACCAAGCCCCAGUCCAGGCUACAAUCCAAGUACUCCUGGUUACCAAAUGUCAUCGCAAUUCGCACCUCAAACUCCUGGUACGCUGUACGGCUCGGAUAGAAGUUAUAGUCCAUUUAAUCCAAGCCCCAGUCCUGCACCAUCUCCUUAUCCGGUUGGUUAUAUGAAUACUCCUUCGCCAUCGACUUACUCACCCAAUACACCCGGCGGUGUUCCACAAUCGCCAUACAAUCCACAAACACCUGGCGCCAGUCUGGACUCCACCAUGGGCGAUUGGUGUACUACUGAUAUUGAGGUGCGAAUUCACACGCACGAUGAUACCGAUCUUGUUGGUCAAACUGGCAUCAUACGCACUGUUUCCAAUGGUGUCUGUUCUGUGUUCCUGCGCCAGGAGGAUCGUAGCGUGUCGAUUGUCAGCGAGCAUUUGGCUCCGGUUCCACCCAAUAGCGGUGAUGAAUUCAAAGUUAUCUAUGGCGAGGAAAGAGAAUCUGUGGGCAAAGUUUUGUCCAAACAAGAGGGUGACGUUCUUGUCUGCAAGAUAAAUGAUGAGGUUAAAAUGAUACCCAUUAAUCAUUUGUGCAAGAUGAAGUCCAUUGAUUAAUUUUGCAUUCUUUUACAAUUAAUUUCAAAGUGUCGAGAAAUAAUCCAGUUUCACUUGUUUACUUGAACUGCUUAUAAAACAAUGUUAUAAAUGUCGAAAUUUUGAAUAUAGAGCAUACCCACUAAUAGGGGUAAACAACAAUUCAUAUGUUUC